AUGGUUUUUAUAUUAUAUUAUAUACCAUUUUAUUAUUAUUGUUUCUUUUUUUAAAAAAAAAAAAAAAGUGAAGCACAUGUGAUUGUGUUUUAACAUGGUUUCUAAGGAAGUUCUUAUGAUUUAAAACUUUUCGCAAAUAAUAUCAAUAUAAAUCAUAUGGAUGCGAUAUUUUUACAUUCAUGUUCUAAUGAAAAUGAUACAGAUUGUGAUAUUGAGAUCAUGGGGCUUAAUUUAGCUAAAGAAGUUAGAUAAUUUAUAAAUGCUUAAUUAGGUAGUAAAAAGUUAUAAAGAUUAAGUUUUGUCGGACAUUCUUUAGGAGGAUUAAUUAUAAGAAGUGCUUUACCACAUUUAUAAGAUUUAGAAUAAUAUUUUCAUGCUUUUAUUACUUUUUCUACUCCACAUCUUGGAUUCAUGUUUAGUUAAAGCAAAAUGGUUAAUGCAGGGUUAUGGUUUAUGAAAACAUGGAACAAUACAUAUAGUUUGAAGUAAAUGACAAUGGCUGAAACAAAAUAAAUAGAAGAUACUUUUAUUUAUAGAUUGGCUUUUAAAUAUGGAUUGAAGUUUUUUAAGCAUAUUAUUUUGUUUUCUUCACCUUAGGAUUAUUAUGUGCCAUUUUAUUCUGCAAGAAUGUAAUAAACUCCUGGUUAAUUUAAAGAUUUAAAAAAUUCAGAAAUAUAUAAUUAAAUGCUUGAAGGAAUUUUCAAAAACGUACAAAGUGAUAGAAUUCAUAGAGUAGAUGUUUCUUUUGAAAUUCCAGGUUAAACUAUUGAUAAUAUGAUUGGUAGAGCUGCCCACAUUUCAUUUUUAGAAAAUGAAGCUUUAAUGAAAAUGAUAUUAACAGAUUUUAAACAUAUAUUUAUAUGA